GAAGAAGAAGAACCUCGCUACAGCGCACACACAAACGCUGGUGUCACGCAGGCUAGAAGGUUUUAUUCUCUGAUUAUGGCAAAACAUCACCCAGAUUUGAUUUUUUGCAGGAAACAGGCUGGUGUUGCUAUUGGAAGACUGUGUGAAAAAUGUGAUGGCAAAUGCGUUAUCUGUGAUUCAUACGUCAGACCUUGCACACUUGUUCGUAUUUGUGAUGAAUGCAACUAUGGGUCUUACCAAGGGCGCUGUGUCAUCUGUGGAGGACCUGGUGUAUCUGAUGCUUACUACUGCAAAGAGUGCACCAUCCAGGAGAAAGAUAGGGAUGGUUGUCCCAAGAUUGUGAACCUUGGCAGCUCGAAGACUGACCUGUUCUAUGAGAGAAAGAAAUAUGGUUUUAAGAAGAGGUGAAGAUACCAAUGCGUUUAGUUGUAUGUUGCAUUUGUUUUUCCAUGCAAGAGUUUUUGGGAUCAGAAUUGUUUAUACAAUAAAAUUUAGUUUUUUUUACAAUGUAUUCUCUUUUGAUAUUUCAUAACACCACUAAAAGUUCACAAUGUUAUGUCAGUAAUUUCAAUUUACCUGGCUAUUAAUACUAUGUUGAAUAUCAAUCUAUAGAGUAAACCAAAGCAAAACAUGUUCCAGUUUAUUUUGCUCAUGAACCUUAUUCACAUUAGUGCCAUCUUUAUUUUUGAUGGGAAUGACAACCAGUCUCUUCAAAGUGUUUUGGAUUGUUUCCGCUGACAAAAUAUUGAAGAAAAAAAACAAACAAACAUAUUUUCAAAAACUGUCUGCCUUUUUAACUAGCAAUAUAUAUUACUGAUGUCUCUGAUCAGUGAUGUUGCAGCUUAGUGGGAUAGCAGUGAAAUGUAAUUAAUAUUUACAAUUUUCAUGCACACCAAACCAUUUUAAUAUUGACAAUUCCUGAUAAUAUACAUAUAUAAUUAAAUAAAAAAAAAUCACAUUCUAGAAAUUGUUUUUGAGUUUGAGUUUGGUUGCUGAUAUGUAAACCAGCUAAAGACACUUACGGAUCAGAGUGACACUGAGCUAAAAAUUGUCUAGUUCACACUGUCCAUGUGAAGCCAUAACCUAUAUUUUCAAAAAUAAGUCUAU